UUCCAUGAAAAUCAUCCACAGUAUGACACCCAUCAUGUGAAGCUGCUGGAUGAGUCUGAGGCAUAUGUUCCCAACUUUAUUGGUGGUUCACUCCCCAGAAGAGAUGCAGGCAACUGUGAACAAUAUUGCAUGACCAUGCUCACACUCUUCAAGCCAUGGCGCACUGGACAGGAUCUGAGACCAAGCCAGGAUGUGCUCUGGGAUGAUGUGUUCAAUGGCCAUUCAUUCACAGAGCGGCAGCUGGAGGUCAUGAAAUUCUUUCAUAUCAAAUAUGAGUGCAAUGAUGCCAGGGACGACUAUUCUGCUGCUCGCAAAAAGGGAGGAAAGACUGGUCCUUCACCAUUCAACAUGGAUAAUGCCACCCUGGAUGACCUGGACACCCAGUAUUAUAAUGAUGAUGGGGAACUCAACAUCAGCGAGAUUGAGGAGAUGGUGCUGCGGACCAAUGACUGGACAGAGCUGAGCAAUGCAGAAAUAAGCAGACGCACACAGAUGCUGCAGGCUGAACAGAUCAUCCAGGCUUCAGGCUGGCUAGACCCUAUGAAAGAGAAGAACACUUCUGAACUGCCAUCAAGGUUCAACAGCAAGGAAGAUAUGAGCUCUGCAGACUGGAAGAAUGUGCUU